UGGAGGAGUAAAUAUUCAUAAAUAAACGUUAGCUAACAUUGGUAGUAUUGAUUUGAAAUAUAUUUUGAUUAUUUUACAUUGAUCACUACACUAUGGCAGAUGAUGGCGAAUUGGAGAAACGUGCAGUGGAGGAGCUGCUGAAGGAGACCAAUAGGGCUCGCUUGCGAGCAGAAACCAUGGGUCCAGCAGGCUGGAUUAAAUGUCCACUGCGCAGCACCAACAAACGUUUCCUGCUCAACACUCUGCGCACCACCAUCCCACAGCGCCGCCCUGCUGGCCGCUCAGGAGAACAGACAUCAGAGUGUAGGCGGCGCAGCAGGACCCCAUCCACAGACCACAGAGACAAUCACAGACGACAAGGGGACGAAGACAGUCAUAGGGACAGCAGAGAACAUAGUCUUAAAAAUGGACACAAACAAGACAAAGACAGCAACACGGGCCACAGAGACGGCUACAAAGACAGAGGGGUCAGAGACAAUGACAGAUACAGUCAUAGAGACAAGAAACACCGGGAUAAAAGUGUCCCUGGUCACAAAACACACAGUCCCCAUUCUAAAGAACACCCCCCAUCUGAAGUCCCUUCCUCUUGUAGAGACCGCUCUCUCCACCGAUAGUAGCUCCUCCUCGUCAGACCACGCCCACUCCAUAGGCCACACCUUCUAUCAAUCGAACCAGCACACUCACGCGCACCCGUCAAGGACACACCCAGUGGGAGGAGCCACAUGUGACAUCAUAACCUUGUAGGGAGGGCUGUAACUGCAUUACCAGAGGAGGUUUUCUCCCUCGAAGACAUACAGUGGGGAAAAAAAGUAUUUAGUCAGCCACCAAUUGUGCAAG